GCCAAAAUGUAGGCUCCCGUUUACAGUAUUCAACAGUAAGGCAGUGCGAGUGAACAUGUCGGAGCAGAUCGAGCAGAUGAGUUUACCUCCCGGAUGGGAUUGUAAAUACGAUGCCCGGACAGGCCGAUACUAUUACGUGAAUUUGUUCACAAAAACGACAACAUGGGAGGAUCCACGCGCCAGAUUUCGCCAAAUUCAGACGGGUGCUCCGCUGCACAUCUCAAAUGAUAGCAUCUCGGUUCAGCCAGUGCAUGGUUCUCCCUAUCACGUGUACCCUUCAAGUAACUCGUUCUACCCAGCUCAACAAGCUUUCCAGAAUCCACCCUCGGGUGUUCCCAGUUUAACAGCUAGUCCCAAUUUAACCACCAAAUUGCAGCAACAACAACAUCCAAUUGAGCUAUCGCCAAUGGUACGGUCUAGCCCACACACGCCCCGAAUGGGGCUCGGUCGUCACGCUAUGCAGGAGACAUCCUUUUCCAACAAUGUCAGCGCAGCCGAGACUGAUGCCACCGUUGCCAAAAUUAACUCGAUGUUCCCGACCGUCCCGGAAACCCAUAUCCGAAUGCUGCUCAAAAAAUACUACAAUCGCGAAGCGGUCGUCAUAAGCGCCCUGCAGGUGGAGAAGCACCCGUUGACCACCCCGGGUCCCUACUCGACCCCACCGCUACCCCAGCGCCACUUCCACAACACGGCCAUGGGGGUGGUUUCGGCCUUCCAGAUGACCCCGGUGCUCAGCGGCCGCAGCGAGGUUUCCACCUCUCGCACCGCUAGUCCGAUCCCGCGACCGGCCAGCUGUGCCAGCGGGAGCUACUACGGCUACUACCACGGAUCGCCUCGCAGCAACGGAUUCGACAUCCGGCACAACUCGCCCAAGCCGCAUUCAUCGCCCAAGAUGAGACUGAGAUACCUGAAGAGUUUCUUCCCGAAAGCGGACGAAGAUCUGAUUUUGGAUGUGUUGGCCAAUGCUGAUAACAACGUGCAAACGGCUUCGCAACAGUUGAUCAAGUUGGGCUACGAGAAGCGCGAUCAAUCGGCUAAUCAACGCUCGUCGCGCAAAGGUUCCGAAAAAGACGGUCAAUCACAGUCGGGUGCGGAUGCCAAACGGGCGGAGUCUCAAACGCCUACUGCCAAACCAAAGUCUCAUGAUGAGAAAAAGAAAAUCAAGGCUCGUCUCCAAACCAAAUAUAAAGACAUUGCCGAGCGGAUCAUUUUAAUGGCACUGGAGAGCGUUGACUAUUCGGAGGACCGUGCCAAACAAAUUCUUAAUAUCGUUAUCCAAGAAGAUAAGGAGAAAAAGAAGAGCGUCAAAAUCGAUGCUCCCCACAAACCGGACGAAGAUAAAGAGAAUGCCCAAGCAGGUAGCUCCACGCCAAGCCGCAACAACAGUACAUCCUCGAACCACGUGCGUACCCCCAAGAAAUCUGGCGACGAACAUCCGAAACCGCCGUCAGAGACCGAGAACGGUGGCAUCGAUCUGGAACCGAGCGCGGCCGAGAACGAAAACGCCACACCGGAUGCUUCCAUUGAAAUUACCACUUCCACCACCAAUUCCACUGCAAUCAUUAACGAUUCACCACAAUCACCACUCUCGCAGCAACUUAGUGGCACCACCAACACCGUCAAUGGCAACAAUCAACCACAAGCAGUCACCACCGGAAGCACCGAUUUGAACAAUAACAGUAGCAAUAGCGCAGCAGCAUCCGCUUCCACUCCCGCAAAUAGGCAGCCAAACCGCGCUAGAGCCAAGGCCGAUCAUGCAAAGUAUGGUUUUCUAUGUUGUGUGGAAUGUUUAUUUAUACCCGGAUUUGCGUUUUCAAAAACCGUUUAUUGCACCUUCACUAUUGUGUUUAUUUGUCUCAGCAUUUAUCAAUAUUAUUACUUUAUUGCUCUUUUUUUUGAUAAACAUCUAAAUGGGAAAAUUGAGGAAUUGCUUCAUUCAAGUAUGCGGGAAUUAAGCCGAAGAAAAACUAACCUGAACCUAACCGGAGUUAUGCCAAAGUUACCCAGAUUCAGCAAAACCUUGGGUACUCUAAUAUGGGUAAGGGUACCUUUACUCAAAUCAGGGUAACCGUACUAGGGCAACGCUGACCCUUAUAGGUAAUAUAAGGAAUAUCUUUUCCACCUGUAAUUUUUCUCAUCUUUUCUAGUUUCAAAAUAUAUUGUUUUUUGUAAAAAGUCUUUAAAAAAUCAGCUUCCUCAACAUUCAACACUUAUUAUUUGUCGGCAGUGCCGAC